AUGCCAGAGCCUCCGAGCAGCUGGGCCGGCUCGGCCCACCCACCAGUAAAAGCCGCUCUGAUUGGCCGGCCGCAGCCGGGAAGGCGGGGCCAAUGGGGGUCGCACGCCCUGGUGGCCGGGGCUCCGGCUGCGGUUCGCGGCCUGAGCUUGGGUCCCGACCCCUCAGCGCGCGCCCGGGACUCUCCUGCCUUCCCGCCCUUCCCACCCUUCCCGCCGGCCGCCUCCAGACCUCUUCCCGCCGCUUCUCCGCCUUCGCGGCUCGACUGCAAGGGCGCGCGGAGCAGCUGGAUCCCACGCGCUCGCUCUCAGGACCAGAGGCUGGACCCAAGUAUUCAUUCCGAAUGUGACAGUCUGACCUAUGAGAUCAGGAACAGGAAGAGUGAGGAGGAAGAGGAAGCCCUGGAUGAAUGGAUCGAGGUGAUGGAGAAGGUGUUACCUCUCUCCCUCAUCGCCACCAAAGGAGGCAUCGAGUCUCUCAUUUCCCUCUGCUCCACUCUCAUUGAAGGACAAAGAAAAGGGGCACAAAUGUCCAAACGCACCUUCUGGCAGGGCUGGCGGGAACAAAGCCCACAAAAAGUGAUAUCCUGCCCUCAGCCACUGAGCCCAGAACAGAUGCUCCAGGACAAGCACACUACCUGCAUUAGGGUCUCCGAGGUGAAGUCCAUGCUGCAGGAACUCCUGGACUCCACGAUGUUCAACCAGGGGGAGGUUCGGGCCAUCAGGUACAUGUCUGCUGUGGUCGAGAACCUCAACAAGGCCUUGAUGCUCCAGCACAAGGAGAACAGAAGCCUGGAGGCCAAAUACAGGCACCUGAAAAUAGAGAUGACCAAAGAACUCAGCAGCCAGAGGCUGUACUUCCAGAAGUCCCUCCAAGUCCUCAAGAGUAAGAGAGAUGCCCUACUAAAGCAGGUAGAAAUUCUAGGGGGAAAGUACCAUGACCUUCUCCUGAUGAAGCAUGCCUUAGAGUUCCAGCUGAAGAAGGCUCAAUCUGCUAGAAGUCAGGCAGAAUACUCAGUCAAGAUCUUGGUUGACUCCCCAGCCCCUGCCACGAAAGAGGCCCUCCCAGAGAAGGAAACAGUCAUAGAGGAAACCCAACAGGAACCCAAGAAGGAGGAGCAGUUUUCACCACUCUCCCCAAGUCCCCUGGCCAUGGCCUGGGAUAGUAGUGCUAGGCCUUCCACAUGUCAACCACUUUCCACCAUGACCGUGCAUUCAAGGAUUGCAGAUGUGUACAGCAGCAAGGACACUGAAAAUCUUCAGCCUGUGUUGCCAUCCUCCAUGGAUCACAAGUUUCCUAAGAAAUGGGAAAGACCGUCAGCAGAAAGCCCAGGCCACAAAGUCAAAGACCAGAAGGACUUCUUCCAGGAAGUGACCCAGGAGAAGGAAGGACUCCAGAUGAAGUCCCAUUUUCAGAAGCAGCUGUCCCCAGAGAGCUCUAGGAAGGUGGCCUUGGAGAGCAAGCCAGAGCACUGGGAAGAGGAACUCAGCUGGGAGAGGCGAAGGCAGCAGUGGCUGGAGGAGGAGGAGAUGUGGCUGCAGUGGCAAGAGAAGUGGGCCCUGCUGGAGCGGGAGAAGCAGCGGCAGUGGCAGCAGGGGGAGGCAGCAAGGGGGCGGCAGCAGAGAUCGGACCAGGAGCACGGGGGCCCGUGGAGGGGGCCGGAGCAGACAGGAGAGGACGUGGAGAGAAUGGGCUUCAUGCCCACCAGUCGAUGGAGGGACUUGGAGGAGGCAUCACUGGCACCUCCCCCAAGCCGGGCCCAAUCUGCUCACCAAGGCAGGAGGCCACACUUGCCCAGGUCCCCUAAGACCCAGCAGCCUGCCCCCAGAAACCAGAGGACCAUGAGUUCAGCCAAGUUUACUCAGAAACCACGGGCCCGCUGUGUUCCCAUGAAGCCCAAGAAGACGGCCUCCCUUCCUGUCACGGGGCCAUCCCUCCGAAAGGUGACCCAGCCCCCUUUGCAUAUAUCCCCAGUAACUCUGAAGGGGAAGGUAUACCACGUGGACGUGGAGGCCCAGAGGAAGAACCUGCAGCUCCUGACUGAGGAGGAUCAGCUGGGGCUGCCCCACCACCUGCGCAACAAGGUGCGGGAGCUCACCACCACCGCCAUGGAGCCGAACGCGCUCAAGCUGUGGUGCCUGUGCCAUAAGUACAUCCUCUACAGACAUUUCCGGAGCCUCCGACAAGAAGUGAUCAACCAUGUACAAGUUGUGCGAGAAGCUGGGGCUGCCUACAAGGACCAGAACCUCUACCUCUUCCUGGAAAACAUCGACCGCCUGCAGAACCUCCAGCUGCAGGCCUGGACAGACAAGCAGAAGGACCUGGAGGAGAAGCGCCGAGAGUGCCUGAGCAGCAUGGUGACCAUGUUCCCCAAGCUCCAGCAGGAGUGGAACAUUAACCUGAACAACCCUGUGGUCACCUCCCCAAAGUCAAGGAAAAGCAAGCCUCCUUCAUCCUUACUGCGGCACAUCCAUUCCAGCAGCCCCUCAUGCAAGCGACACCUGGAACUCUUUAUGACCAAGCACCAGCAAUGUGUGCCCCUGCGGAUGGCCCACCAACAGGGGAACCAGCUGGAGGCCAUCUGGAAGACUGAUGUGGCCUCCUCCAGUCACCCAGUAGAAAAGAAGACCCCCACCAGCCUGUCCUGGGACCAGCUAGGGGGGUACCCAGAUAUUCCCCGGCUGUUGGCAUUGGAUGUGCAUUCCUCCUACCACAAAAGCUUGAGGUCCCUCAAGGCCCGUGCCUCAGUGACCCAAAGGAAGGAAGGCCAGGACACCUAGAGGAGUCAGCUGAGUUUGUUUGUAGAAAGUCAAACGAGUCCUUCCCCGGAACCCUAAAAAGCCAGAAGGAUCGAGACAAUCCC